GAGUGUUCUAUGAGAGGAUGCAAAGUGCCUGAAUUUUCUGACUUUUCCCUGCAGAUCCCCCCAAAGACACACAUGACCCACCACCCUGUCUCUGAUCAUGAGGCCACCCUGAGGUGCUGGGCCCUGGGCUUCUACCCUGCGGAGAUCACACUGACCUGGCAAAGGGAUGGAGAGGACCAGACCCAGGACACAGAGAUUAUGGAGACCAGGCCUACAGGGGACAAUAGAACCUUCCAGAAGUGGGCAGCUGUUGUGGUGCCUUUUGGAGAAGAGCAGAGAUAUGCAUGCCAUGUGCAGCACCAGGGGUUGCAGGAGCCCCUCACCCUGAGAUGGGAGCCAUCUUUCCAGCCCUUUAUCCCCAUUGUGGGCAUUGUUGCUGGUCUGGUUCUCCUUGGAGCUGUGGUUGCUGCUGUGAUGUGCGGGAAGAAGAACUUAGGCAGCAACAGUACACAGGCUCUGAUGAUUCUUGCUUGGCUUAUAGAAGCAUGAGACAGCUACCUGUGUGGAACUGAGUGAUGCAGAAUUUGGUCAUGCCUCCUCUUUGUGACUUCAAGAGCAUCUGAUUUCUCUUAUCUGCAAAGGCAUCUGAAUGUUCAUCCAUGUUCAAGUAAUGUGAGAAGGUGGAAAGGCCAGCCCAUACUCAUGUCUACUGUGGCCCCCUCCACCACACUGACUUGUGUCCCUUCGUGAUCAUCUUUCCUGUUCUAGAGUGUGGGGAUGGGAUGUCUCCUCUUUUUGUUAAGUUCAUGAUGUACAGGCUACUUCCCUACUGAAAAUAAAAAGUUUAAUAUCAA